AUGACGGUCGAUGUUCUGCGAGAGAGGGCCGAGGGGGUUGCGGCGGGAUACUCUACGAAGUCCGGCCCUCGAGACUACAAUGCCCUGCGCGUCAAUGGACCGAGAUUGAUGGACUCUAUCCAUUCUACUUGCGAGUUCGGAAAGGCGCAUCCGUAUGGCGACCAUUACACAGAGACGGGAAUGGCCCGACUCUCCUUGAACGAUGACGACAAGAAAGUACGACACUGGCUGACCGAGCAGGUUGAGGCGAUCGGCUGCACGGUGACGGUAGAUCAGAUGGGCAAUAUGUUCGCGGUGCGUCCGGGCAAGUCAAACAAGCUGGCGCCGGUCAUGAUGGGGUCGCAUCUUGAUACACAACCGACGGGCGGGCGAUACGAUGGUAUUCUGGGCGUCAUGGCUGGUCUGGAGGCUCUAAGGACAUUACACGAGAAUAACUACGAGACAGAAGGUCCCGUUGGGCUGGUGAACUGGACAAAUGAAGAAGGCGCACGCUUCCCAAUGGUCACCGUCUCCUCCGGCGUAUGGGCCGGGUCAAUCCCCCUUGAGACAGCCUGGAACUGCCGAGAAGUAACGCCGCCGAGCCACGGGUCUACUCCACGGUCGAUGAAAGAGGAGCUUGAGCGCAUCGGUUUCCUCGGCGAGAUUCCAGCUUCGUACAAGGCACAGCCGAUCGGCGCCCACUUCGAGCUACAUAUCGAGCAGGGCCCUAUCUUGGAAGACGAGAAGGAGAAAAUCGGUGUCGUCACGGGCGCACAGGCGUAUAGCUGGUAUGAGGUCGAGAUAAAGGGUCGAGACAGCCAUGCGGGAACGACGCCUAUGUCCGCCCGCAAGGAUGCACUCCUAGCUGGCGCUAGAAUGAUCGCGGCGUCGAAUGCGAUUGCGAAGGAUCUAUCCGGGCUCGUCACAACUGGCAUCUUCCGUGCACAACCGGGUAGUGUGAACACCAUGGCUCACACGGUCCAGUUCACGCUGGACUUCCGCCAUCCAAGCAACGAGAAGCUGGCCGAGAUGGUUUCCAGGUGCCGCGAGACCUUCGCUAAGAUUGCCAAAGAGGACUGCGAGCGUGGCGUAGAGGUAAACUGGACAACACUGACUGAGAACACCGCUGUUGAAUUCCACGCGGACUGCAUCAAAGCCAUCGAACAGGCAACGGAGGAGACCGUCUCCCAGCUAUCCGGAGCGACUUCAGACUCCAAGCUUUGGAGACAUAUGCUCAGCGGAGCUGGCCACGACAGUUGCCAUAAGAUGGCAUCAAGUCUCAUGGUAGCAAGCCUAGCAAGCGGCCACGCUCGUGCUUGA